AUCGCCUCGCACCGUGUCGGGACAGAAAGGUGUGGAACUCUCGGUCACUUAGGCAGCCCACAGAACACCCGCGGAGCCGGCAUUGUGUUCGUAAUGCUGUCACACCUCGAACAUCUGCGGGUCAGCGGGGAGAUGGAGACGCCGGGGAGGGUCGCAGCCACGCCGGACGCCCUGGACAUCACGGUGGAAAACGUAGAGAAGGCUCUCCAUCAGUUGUACUAUGAUCCCAAUAUAGAGAACAAGAAUCUGGCCCAGAAAUGGCUAAUGCAGGCUCAGGUCUCGCCUCAGGCCUGGCAGUUUUGCUGGGCCCUGCUGAGCCCAGACAAGGUGCCAGAGAUCCAGUAUUUCGGUGCCAGUGCACUCCAUACCAAGAUUUCCCGCUAUUGGUCAGACAUACCCACAGAUCAGUACGAGUCUCUGAAGACCCAGCUGUUCUCCCAGAUUGCCUGCUUCUCCUCUGGCUCCAAGAUGGUACUCACCCGCCUGUGUGUGGCCCUGGCCUCUCUGGCACUCAACACAAUGCCCGAGGCGUGGCCAGGCGCAGUUUCAGAGAUGGUGCGGGUGUUUCAGGAAGAGGGGGGAGGGGUGGAUGGCCGGGCACGCUGCCUGGCAUUGCUGGAGCUGCUCACUGUCCUGCCUGAAGAGUUCCAGACCAGCCGCCUGCCACAGUACCGAAAGGGACAGGUUCGGGGUGCCCUGGGCCGCGAGUGGGGGUCAGUGUGUCCCUUACUGCAGCAACUGCUGCGGCAAACAGACAGUCCUGGGGCGGUGAAAGCUCGCGUGCUGCGCUGCCUGUCAUCCUGGGUGCUGCUGGAUGUGCCCCUCAGCGAGAGCGAAGACCUGGUGCACGACUGCUUCAGUGCCCUGCCUGACCCAGAGCUCUUCGACACAGCAGUAGAGGCAAUAGUCAAUGCCAUCUCACAGCCGGACUCGCAAAGAUAUGUGAACACUUUGCUGAAACUGGUUCCUCGAGUGCUUGCCCUUCAAGAGCAGCUCAGAGAGGCUGUUCAGAAUGGAGACAUGGAGACGUGCCACGGAAUCUGCCGGAUCGUUGUCACACUGGGAGAGAACCACUCCAGGACUCUGUUGGAGCAGGUGGAUCACUGGCAGAGCUUCCUGGCUUUAGUCAACAUGAUCAUGUUUUGUACAGGCAUCCCCGGCCACUACCCGGUCAAUGAGACUACCAGCUCCCUCACACUCACCUUCUGGUACACGCUACAAGAUGAAAUCAUGUCGUUUGAGCCAGAAAAGCAGGCAGUGUAUCUUCAGGUCUACAGGCCGGUGUAUUUCCAGUUGGUGGAUGUUCUGCUGCACAAAGCCCAGUUCCCGUCUGACCAGGAGUACGAAUCUUGGUCCUUAGAUGAGAAAGAGCAGUUCAGGAUCUACAGGGUGGAUAUCUCUGACACACUCAUGUAUGUGUAUGAGAUGCUCGGAGCAGAGCUGCUGAGUAACCUGUAUGAUAAACUAGGGAGACUGUUGACUAAUGCAGAGCAGCCCACAUCGUGGCAGCACACAGAAGCUUUGCUGUACGGCUUCCAGUCCAUAGCAGAGACGAUAGACGUGAACUACUCCGACGUUAUCCCAGGCCUAAUAGGACUCAUCCCCAGAAUCAAUAUCAACAACGUCCAGUUAGCAGACACAGUGAUGUUCACAAUAGGUGCUCUGGCUGAAUGGUUGGCUGACCACCCGGUGAUGCUCAGCAGUGUUUUGCCCUUGGUGCUACAGGCUUUAGGAAACCCUGACCUCUCAGUUUCCUCUGUGUCUACACUCAAGAAGAUUUGUAGGGAAUGCAAAUAUGACCUGCCCCCCUACGCAACCAACAUAGUCGCCGUAUCUCAGGAGGUGCUUAUAAAGCAGAUCCACAAGACGAGUCAGUGCAUGUGGCUGAUGCAGGCUCUGGGCUUCCUGCUCUCCGCUCUCCCUGUGGAAGACAUCCUCAGAAACCUUCACUCUCUCAUCACCCCAUACAUUCAACAACUGGAGAAGCUAGCGGAUGAGACGCCUAAUCCCUCCAAUAAGUUGGCAAUCAUUCACAUACUGGGGCUGCUCUCCAACUUGUUCACUACGCUCGACAUCAGCAAGCAGGAUGACGAAUCAGCGGACGGCUCAGCGCCACCAGUCAAAGCAGCCCCACCCCCACCUGGACCGAACCCGGUGGUGGUGGUUUUGCAGCAAGUCUUUGCUCUCAUACAGACGGUCCUCAGCAAGUGGCUCAAUGACUCGCAGGUGGUAGAGGCGGUGUGUGCCAUCUUUGAGAAGUCGGUGAAGACGCUGCUCCACGACUUUGCUCCCAUGGUGUCUCAGCUAAGUGAGAUGCUUGGGCAGAUGUACAGUACAAUUCCCCAAGCCCCCGCCCUCGAUCUCACACGACAGAUGGUUCAUAUCUUUGCCAGCGAGACAGACCACUUCCCACCCAUCAAGGCUCUGUUUGAGCUGGUUACCUCGGUAACGCUCUCCAUCUUCCAGCAAGGACCCAGGGAUCAUCCUGAUAUUGUUGAUUCAUUUAUGCAACUCCAAGCUCAGGCCCUCAAACGGAAGCCCGAUUUGUUCUUGUCUGAGAGUCUUGACGUGAAAGCAGUGUUCCACUGUGGAGUACUGUCACUCAAAUUUCCUGAAGCUCCGACAGUGAAGUCAACGUGCUUGUUCUUUACUGAACUGUUACCUCGCUGCUCAGAUGUGCCUCCAUUGGCCAGGUUGGUGCAGGAGGACGGCAAGCUGUUGGUGCAGGCCCUGUUGGAGGGCAUCGGGGGCGGGGCGUCUCGGAGCCUCAUGGACCAGUUUGCAGAAGUGCUUUUCUCCCUGAACAAGCACUGCUUCUCUCUGCUCGCUGUGUGGUUGAAGGAGGCACUGCAGCCGCCAGGGUUCCCGUCGUCACGGAUCACAGUGGACCAGAAAAACCACUUCUCACAGCAGAUACUCAGAGAACGAGUGAACAAGAGGCGGAUAAAGGAAAUGGUGAAAGAGUUCACACUACUGUGCAGAGGGCUCCAUGGUACAGAGUACGUCGCUGAAUACUGAAACUCUACCCUUGGACUCUCACCUAACCGUGACCUCUGCCCUCAGUGCAAACCAGCUGGAUGCCACAACAACACAGUUCACACCAAACCCUGUCAGUGAAGAUACCAUGAAGUGAUUGUAAAGAUUACCCUAACCCCCGCCGCAGGACAAGACACAAAACCUUCCCUGCACACACCUGCCGUCGGAUUAAUGGACAAAACAUGAAAUCCCCGGUGGCUUUAGGGAGGCUGUCCUCUCUGCUCUGGUUUUCUGUUUCUCUUCUCAGAUUGAUCUCUUCCCCUCUCUCCUCAUUUAAAGGCCUUUUCUUUGGCAGAGCUUCGAGCAGCACACCCAGCAUGCUGCCUCACGCCUCCUCCUCUCUCUGUCUUGUUCUGCCCCUAUAGAUCUUCCUGUGGUUCCUAGGUUGUUUCCUGGUGAUUAGCAUCCAUAUGAAAUGGUAGUGGUAUCGUACGUAGCUACUUGACAUUAUUUUUCAAAGUAAAUCAAAUUAAGUAUAUAAAUGUAUAUGUACACAAAUAGAAAGAUGGCGGUCGUCGGUCCUGCUGCUGCUGCUGCUAAAGAGAGGCGAGAAGAAUCAAUGUCAGGAGUGGAUUCUGCAGGAAAAACCACAUGAAUACAGAAAUAUUUACUCCCACUCAUGCCCCCAGGAGAAUUUAUUGCCAAAUUAUCAUAAAAUGUUUUAUGAAUUUGUCCUUUUUUUGGUUAUAUAUUGCUUUUAGGGGUGGCUGAGUGGAGACAGAAAGCUGAAGAACAUAAAACUUGGGCUAAAAACAGUCUGCUCUUUCUUGCCCAGCCCUCUGUGUGUAGGGCUGUACCUCAUGCAGUCCUGCUCAGUCAUACUGCAGUCUCCUCGGAUUGUAAAGAGUGAUAUUUAUGCAGUGGUUCCUUUAGGGAAAGCAGGACGGUGAAGGCUGGAGGCAAGAAGGCAUGAUAGUAGCUGGCAGCUAGAAAGAGGAACAGGAUGGAAACUGGGAGGAGAUAUUUGGAGGGAUUAUUAAUCCUGACCUUGGACAGCUUAGUCACUGUAAUCGUGCAAAAAUAUUAAUCAAGUUGUGAAUAUUAACAGUAAUUGCUGAACACUUCUUUGUAUUUGAGUGUAUGCGUGUGUUCAUACCUGUAUGAGAGGCUGUGUGUGCACAGAUGUAAACUUUUUUCCACUUGUUCAGUGCACUUAUAUUGGACCUACAGUACACAUCCAUGACUUCCUCCUAUCUUUUAAACAAAGACUCCAUUCAUUUUCUCAUUUCUUCACUUCUUCACACCAAACUCAUUCAGACUCCUCUUAAAGGCUGACCAGAAACGUCCAAUAUUUCACCUCGUCGGCAAAUCACACCCAUCCAUUAAAGCUCCUUAUCAUGUGGAUACUCAGUGACCAGACUCAACCAUCUAUUUGUUAUUGACACCAACUCUCAACAAAACGCUCGUGAACAAGAUACCCAAAAAUCCUUUCAUUCAUUCACCUGGCUCACUGCCUUGGAGAGGACCAAGAAGGAUUAGAGUUCCGUAACAAGAUCUCUGAGAAAGUAAUUCAGCGUUUCCGACAAGAUUUAGUACGGAGCGUGUGCUCAGCCAAUUUGCUAGAGUCAUUAUUGAUGAGGUGAUGUGACUGCUGUAAAAAAAAAACAGAGCCUAGUGAAUCAGCAGGAUCAGUCGACAUCUAAAAACACACAGCAUCAAAAUGUACUUAGUGGUCUCUGAUAAAACUUUAUCUCAGUCUAAUCCUUCUGUCUUAUCCGAGGUGCCUGCAGACAUGUAGCAUGUAUGU